UAGUGUGCUGCAUGCAUACUUCUGGGGUCCGGGUAACUGAACAGAUCCAACAAGACAUCUCAAAGGAAUCAUAGUGAGUUGAACUUUUUCCUGCUUUGUUAUUUGAACAAGAUGCAGUGCGAGAUCGCUUUUGGAAUGUUUCGAUGUACUUUAUAAACCGUUGAUUCCUUGCUGGAUUAGUCUACUGCACAAAGAGCAGCGAGAAUAAAGACUGGACGCGCGUCAAGAUGUUGCUGCACGCUAUGCUUUCGCGGCAGUGAGCAAAUGUGAUUCGUUUUCAACCAUUUGGUGUUUUGUCCAUGGAGGAGUUUCGAUACACAUUUCCGCGGAUAUCGAAGGAACAAUAUGAGCAUACUUAACUAUCUGAAGGGGUUAGAAGAACGCGGCUAGACGGUGGGCAUGGAACAAGAGGAAUUGUUUAUCUCAGUCUCUGGUGGAGAAACAUUAUGGGUUAUAAACCAACAAAUGGUAGGCUAUCCCUUGACCUAAUAAUUAACUUUCAAGCUUCUGAAUCAUAAAGGAAUGGCAAACUCUGGCAACUCUCCAGUCUUUCUACGGCUGCAAAUAUUGAUUUUGUCCAUCGGCUGUGCAUUGGUAUGUUAUAGUCGUUCAUCCACCGCAUCACCGGCACACAACCAGCGUUUGAUAUGCUGGCAAGCCAUCAUCAAGUGCCAAGGAGAACAGGAGUGUCACUACGCGUACACACAGUAUCUACACGCGUGCGGUCCGGUGAUAAACGGCAACAGGAAGAAAUGUCCCAGCCAUUGCAUUUCUUCCAUCAUUCAGCUCAAUCUGACUGUGAACGGCCCGGCACUGGAGGACUGCGAAUGCGCCUCGGACACUCUGUGCAAGAUGACCAAGAGAGCCAUUGAGCCCUGUAUACCUAGAACGAGCCACAUGGGCUGCACCGAAGCGCGUAAGCAAUGUGAGAAGGAUCCCGAGUGCAGCACCGCCAUGCGGGACUAUCUGUAUCACUGCAGGAAGCUCUUCGGUGGAGAGCGCUGCUCGGACGACUGCCGGCGGGUCAUCACGAACAUGCGCUCCAUCCCCAAAGCCCUGCAGCUGGACACUUGCGUGUGCGACGGCACAGAGAGGACCAUAUGCGAGUAUGUCAAAGGCAGCAUGAAAAACUUUUGCUUUAACGACCGGUAUGGCGGGAGUGGCUUUUCAGAUAAUGAGGACGAACUGGAAUAUGACUACGAGACGGAUUAUGAGGACGAAGAGAGUGAUGCGUGGGAUUUAAGAGCACAGAAGAGUUCGAUUGUGAUGUCCACCAUUUUGACACUUUCUUCUCUUGUUAUAGUUAGAUAGGGCAUGUUUUCCGAAUUAACUGCAUAUUUGGCAAUAAUAAAUUAAGCCCAAA